CAAAUCAUAAAAUAACGCGUCAUGUUCUGGAGGUGUUUUAGAUUGAAAACGAAAGUAAAUCUGUUUUAAAAGUGGGUGAACAAUUUAGUUUGCCAAAAUCCAGCUGAAGUAAUUUUCUCAAAUUCAUACAGUAAGAUUUGAAUUUCGAGCUACACUCUAAAAAUGGAAGAAAUGAAUAAAAAAACAAAAACGGGUUUCAAUUUGGUCUUACUUGGAAGAAAAGGAGUAGGAAAAAGUGCCUCUAGGAACAAAAUCCUUUCAUACUCCACUUCAGUCACACAGAAUAAAGCUGAGAAAUCUGGUUGUCAAUUAUCAGUCACUGUUUACGACACACCAGGAUUCUCCGACACAGAGUUGAGUGAAGAAGAGAUUCGGCUGAAAUAUCAGAGUGUUCUACAGAAAUGUAAUUCAGAUCUCUCUGCGUUUCUCCUGGUCAUCAGAACUGACAGAUUCACUAAAGAAGAUGAAGACGCUGUGAAGAAGAUUGAGAAGAUCUUGGGAGAAGAGCGCCGAAGAAAAACCUGGAUUCUCUUCACCAGAGGUGAUGAACUGGACAAGAAAAAUAUGACAAUAAAUACAUUUAUUACAGAGAACCAACCAUUAAAAAAACUAGUUCAGAAAUAUGAGGGCAGAUACCACAUGUUCAACAACAAGAACGAAGGAGCAUCUGACGAAUCAGAAAUCCUGCUUGGAAAAAUUUUCAAGAGGUAUUUGGAGACAAUUGUGUCAAAGAAUGAACUUAAAAGAAUUCCUGUCAACAACACAGAGAUCCCAAAAGAUAGUCCUCCAGAAACAAGAUUGGUUCUGCUGGGGAAGAGUGGUGUUGGAAAGAGUGCCGUUGGAAACACAAUACUGGGAAAACAGAAAGUGUUUAAAUCUGUGAUGAGCUCAAGUUCAGUGACCCAUGAAUGUUCAGAGAAACACGUCACUGUUUCAGGCAGAAAUGUGUCUGUUGUUGAUACACCUGGAUUAUUUGAUACAGACAUGAAACCUGAAGAAUUUGUGACAGAGAUCGGGAGAAGUGUUUAUUUAUCCAGUCCUGGACCGCACGCUUUUCUCAUCGUGUUUCCUGUGAAUAUGAGAUUCACUGAACAGGAACAACAGAUUCUUCAGAAGAUUGAAACACUGUUUGGAGAGGAAGUGUUGAAAUACUCCAUCAUUCUCUUCACUCAUGGAGAUCUGUUAGAAGAAACGUCUGUAGAGAAAUUCAUUGAGGAGAAUUGUAAUCUUAAAAAUCUAGUUCAGAAGUGUGGAGGCGGAUAUCAUGUGUUUAAUAAUAAAGAGCUCAAUAACAGAGAUCAGGUGACUGAACUACUGCAGAAGAUUGACACAAUGAUACAGCAGAAUGGAGGAGGACAUUACACUAAUCAGAUGUAUCAAGAUGCUCAGAGAUUUAAACAAGGCAAUGCAACAAGUGAAGGAAACACAAGCACUGAGUCAGGGUUUGUAGAGUUCAUGAAGAAGUAUGGGCUUUGUAUUCUCAAAGGGGCAGUAAUGGGUGGACUUGUAGGUUUACUUGGAUUGCUGUCAGGUCCAAAGCUAGCUGCCAUCUUGAGUUGCAGUUUUGCUGUUGUUGGAGCUUCUGUGGUAUGUUCAUAUUCAUAAAAAUAUAAUUCAACAUAAAUUUAGAUGUACAUGCAAUUAUUUAGUACAUACUUCUCAUCAACAUAAUUUAGAGUCACAAAGGUCAGCAUUUUAUUCCAUAUUUUUAUCUAGAUUAUACAUGAUAUUAGUUCACACAUAUGAUAAAUUAUUGACUAUCUGCAUAAUCAUAUAAUCACAAUAGAUAGUGCUCAUAUUUAAUAUUACUGUCAUUUCAAAUCAGAUGAUUGCAACACACUCAAAAAAGUUGGGUGUUUACCACUGUGAAACAUCACCAUUUCUUCUAAUAACACCUAUUAAUCAUCUGGGCACCGAAGACACAGGUUUAAGUUUAGAAAGUGGCAUUUUCCCUAUUCAUUAUGGAGGUCUUUAGCUGAAAAAUUGUACAUAGUUUUCAUUACAGGAUUGUGUGUUUAAUAAUGCACCACACAUUCACAAUUAACGACAGGUCAGGACUGCAGGCAGGCCAAUCUAGCACCCGCACACCCACUGAUGCUGGUAACAGCUUGGAUGGUCUUUUUCCUCUUUGGCCCGAAUAACACGAUGGCUGUUUUUUCAAAAAAAAACAUUUAAUUGUGGACACUUCAGACCAAAUAACACAGUUCUUCUGUUCUACAUUCCAUCUAAGAUGAGAGCGAGUCCAGAGAAGUCAGGAGCGCUUCUGGACAGUGAUGAUGUACAGCUUCUCCUUUACAUAGUAAAGUCUGAACUUGCAUCUGUGGAUGCAGCGGCGAGUGGUGUUGACUAACAAAGGUUUACUAAAGUUGAGAGCGAGUCCAGAGAAGUCAGCAGCGCUUCUGGACAGUGAUGAUGUACAGCUUCUCCUUUACAUAAUAAAGUCUGAACUUGCAUCUGUGGAUGUAGCGGCGAUGCUGUUGACUAACAAAGGUUUACUAAAGUUGAGAGCGAGCCCAGAGAAGUCGGCAGCGCUUCUGGACAGUGAUGAUGUACGGCUUCUCCUUUACAUAGUAAAGUCUGAACUUGCAUCUGUGGAUGUAGCGGCGAGUGCUGUUGACUAACAAAGGUUUACUAAAGUUGAGAGCGAGCCCAGAGAAGUCGGCAGCGAUUCUGGACAGUGAUGAUGUACGGCUUCUCCUUUACAUAGUAAAGUCUGAACUUGCAUCUGUGGAUGCAGCGGCGAGUGGUGUUGACUAACAAAGGUUUACUAAAGUAAUCCCAAGCCCAUGUUUGUGAUAUCCAUCACAGUUACGUCUGGGCUAUAUAGAUUUCGCACAUUCAGAAGUGUUUUUCAUCUAGCCUUUUACGCUCCGAGGUUGGACCAGAUUCCUUGAAUCUUUUAACUAUAUUGAGCACUGCAGAGGGUGAAAUGCCCAAAAACCUUCCAAUUUGUCUUUGGGGAACAUUGUUCUCAAAUUACUGGAUUAUUUGCUGAAGCAUCUGUUGACAAAUUAACAAGUCUCAAAUGAUCCUUGCUCUUGAAGGACUCAGCUGUUUUUGGAGGCUCCUUAUACACUAUACAGUACUAUGACACAAUUAUAUCAACUGUUUAACAUAUCCUGUUUCACAUCGACCUACUUAUUUUAACUAGAAAAAAUGUUAUUAGUCUUAAAUUGCCCCUGUCUCAACUUUUGGAGCAUUUUGCAAUAAUCUCAUUUGAAAUGACUGUACAUUUAAAAAAAAUAAAUACUAAUAAUUAAUUCACAAGGAACAUAAUAUAAUGUGUAGUUGAAUAUAGGGUGAUUUCAUAUAGCAAAGGGUGAUUAUAAUUUACAAAUCACUCAAUUUGCACCCCCGUGUAAUAAGCAUCUGCCACACAGGCCACCUAUUUACACCCCAAAAAUCUGAUGGGACCAUAGAAAUAUACGACAAACUAAACAAUAUAUGUGGAUAUCGUAUCGUGGGGUGUAAAGACGGUGUGUAAAUGUGUACUCUUGUCCUAGCAACUGCCGUUUGAAUCUACGUUUUGUCCCACUCUUUUCCCCAUUGAUUUCCUGUUUCCACUCUUAACAUUUAUUUUAAUAUUACUUAAAAUAAUAGAUGAAAAUUAAUAUAAAUGUUGAUUUCAGCGCAGUGAUUUGUCACUGAGAAUGUCGAGGGGUGCAGAGAUGGGUUUGAUCAGAAGGCGGUGUCUGUUGAUCGCACUUGUUCCUGUGGCACGGCAUCACUUAUGUGUACAUUGCAUCACUCUAUUACUAAUAUUGUUGUGACUAUGUUCUUUGGCAGAAACCAUAGUUUUAAUGCAAUUAACCAUAGUUUUACUACAGUAAUAUGGUGAUAAUAUAUUAACCAUGGUUCAUUUUAUUAUUACUGUAAAUUUACUAAACAUACAAUGGUGAAACCAUGGUUACUGUAGUUAAACCAAGGUUAUUUUUUCUAAGGUAAGGUUAAGGUUAGGUUUCAGGGUAGAGGUUAAAGUAGUGUCUGUGGGGCUCUAAAUAAACACACUAAACACACUGCAGUGAUGCCCAUGUUAGUAAUUAAAUAUGACACUAUUAACACCAGGGUGCAAUUAGUAUCUACCAUUAUUUGCACCAGGGAGCAAAUCACAUCUGCCUAAAUAAAAUUGGCAAACAUCCAUCCAUUUUUACACUCACUUAUCCUAUGUAGGGUCACAUGGAGUGCUAGUUCAGGCAGAAGGCAGGCAACACUCUGAAAAGGUGGUCAGUUCUUUACAGGGCUAACACAUAAAUACAAACACUCACACCUACAGUCAAAUUGUAGUUUUCAGUUAUCUAACCUGCAUGUUUUUUAACUGUGGAGGAAACCCAACAUGCAAACUCCACACAGAAAGCUCAUGCUGUCAGUGUUGACCACUGGGCCAGCAUAAAUUGGCAACAAUAUACAGUAUAGAAGUGUAUAUUAUUUAUUUAGAACAGAUUCCAUACCUCACAGUUGACAGAACUAAGUUCUAAGACCCCAUUCUUUUAUUUGAUCAAGUUUUAUUUCCUAAUGCUAUUUGGUUUAUUGAUCCUAACAGUUAAUGUUAUUAAUAAUAAUUAAUCAUUCUUCUUAAUCAAGUACAUUUAUUCUUGUUAUGACUGUCAUGUUCCAUGUCAUGACUGUAAUCAUUAAUUAAUAAAUUUUACAAGUGAUGUGUAUAAUAUCUGAGAAGUGACUCCAGGAAUCCAUGUCCAGGAAUGCAUUAACUGUGCUUACCCAUUCCGCCCAGCUUCAGAGAACACAUACUCACUGAUAUUAUACUUUAUUUCUUCAUUUUUAACUAAUCCAGUGUAUCAGUAAUAUAAUAAUACAAUUGUGCUUAUUUUAUGUCUUUUUUUAAUAUGUUUCUACAAAUGUAAGACAUUUUACUGUGUGUUCUCUAACUGUGUGGGUUAAAGGAAGGCCAUGCCUAGAUAAUAAAGUUCAGUCUCUAUAAGAAUUAAUUUAAAAACUCUUGAUUUGGUUUGAGAAUCACUCUGUAUAAAACCAAAUCACUAAAUGGAAAAGGAAAUGUUAUAGCUCCAUUAAUCACUCCAUAUUGUAUGUUUGAAUUGUUUCUUAGGAGAAGUGUUUCUAAAGGAGUGGUGGUGAUGUUGUGGGCUAAAGCACAUAACUGGUAAUCAGAAGGUUGCUGGUUUGAUCCCCACAGUCACCACCAUUGUGUCCUUGAGUAAGACACUUAACUCCAGGUUGCUCCGGGGGGAUUGUCCCUGUAAUAAGUGCACUGUAUAAUACAUUGGUACUCAGAAGGUUGCUGGUUUGAUCCCCACAGUCACCACCAUUGUGUCCUUGAGUAAGACACUUAACUCCAGGUUGCUCCGGGGGGAUUGUCCCUGUAAUAAGUGCACUGUAAGUCACUUUGGAGAAAAGUGUCUUCCAAAUGCAUAAAUUUAAUUUUGUGAACUUUCUUCCCCAAGUCUCAUUGCAGGCCCCGAGGCCCUGUUAACCUUGUGGGAAUAUGAUAAAAACCUAUGUAUGGGCAUGUGACUGUGUUCUUGUGAGGUAACUAAAAGUAAUUUAGCUCCCCUUCAAUGGGUAUUUCAUGGGCAUGACAAGCAAAGAGGCCCCAUAACUCAUGACAUCUAAAUGCUGCAGAAUGAUUUAUGACAAUAAAUGGAAUCAGAAUCCAUAUCGGAGUUAAGAUGACAAACUGAUUUUGCUGUAGUUUCCUUGUAUGUUCAGUUAGUUCACUCAUUGAAUUAAUCUGUAAUCUGUCUUUUGUAUUUUGAAUUGUG